UGCUCCGUAGGCUUCACUCGGCCAGGGUGUAGUACUGCCAUUCGCCGCUAAGUGUCGUGACGCAGUGACCGCAUCGCCGUGGAUUCCCCCGUCAGCCAAGCAUCCUCGGGCGCCAGCAUGAAUCCGCUGACAGAAGGGGGCUAUGCCGCCGAUAUGGAAGCCAACCAGGCCAAAAGGAGAGACGGUUUUCGACUUCCGAUCGUGAAAUUCCGGAGAAGGAAGGAUGAUGAGGAGAAUAUGCCGGGGAAGGGGGAGUACGAAAACUUGGACGAGGUGUCGACGCACGGGGAAGUCACCAUAGACACAAGGAACGGAGACCUGCGUCUUCAACAGCUCGAGAAGGACACUUCGGAAGACACCUUUACUGUGGAGGAUGCUGUGGAAGCGAUCGGCUUCGGGAGGUUCCAGAUCAAGCUGUCUGUCCUCUCUGGAUUGGCUUGGAUGGCGGAUGCGAUGGAGAUGAUGAUCCUCAGCAUCCUGUCUCCCCAGCUCCUCUGUGAGUGGCAGCUCAGCAGCUGGGAGGAGGCUUUUAUCACCACGAUCGUAUUUGUUGGCAUGAUGGUGAGUUCAUCCAUGUGGGGAAACAUCUGUGACAGAUAUGGCCGCAGACUGGGUUUGUUCUUUUCGGCAGUGUGGAUAUUGUACUACGGUAUCCUGAGUGCUUUCUCACCCACCUACAUCUGGAUAGUGCUGCUACGUGGGAUUGUAGGGUUCGGCAUCGGAGGCGUGCCACAGUCAGUCACACUGUAUGCUGAAUUCUUACCACGGAAACAGAGAGCACAAUGUGUGGUCUUCCUCGAGAUCUUCUGGGCCAUCGGGACGUGUAUAGAGGUUGUUCUGGCUCUGGUAGUCAUGCCCACCCUCGGCUGGAGGUGGCUCCUCAUCUUCUCUGCAAUACCCUGUGCCAUAUUUGCUGUGAGCUGCAAGUGGUUGCCAGAAAGUGCUCGUUACCACGUGGCGUGUGGAGAAUCAGAGAAGGCACAGAACACUCUGAAGAAGAUCGCACUGGAGAACAACUCUCCCAUGCCGCUGGGGAGACUGGUGCUACCAGAGGCUACGGAGAAAAGAGGGCAGUUUAAGGAUUUGUUCACUCCUCAGCUUAGACUAACAACUGUCCUGCUGUGGUUUAUAUGGUUCUCCAAUGCCUUCUCCUACUAUGGGAUAGUUUUGAUGACGACAGAGUUGUUCCAGGCUCAAGACUCGGGAGAUGAAAGCUUCUGCAGUGCGAGCCAAGAAGGCCACGAAGUGUUUAAGUGUUACGCAGGCUGCAAGUAUCUAAAUACAAAAGACUACACAGACCUGCUGUGGACAACAGUAGCUGAGUUUCCAGGACUUUUAGUGACCAUGCUGAUUAUAGAGUGGUUAGGAAGGAAGCGCACCAUGGCUUUGCAGUUUGUGAUGUUUGCCUUCUUCACAUUUCUUCUCCUGACCUGUGGAGGAAGAACUUGGUUGACCAUCUUCAUCUUCAUUGCGAGAGCCUUUAUUUCUGGAGCAUUCCAGGCUUCUUAUGUCUACACACCAGAGAUCUACCCGACAACAACAAGAGCCCUGGGGCUGGGAACCUGCAGUGGAGUGGCUCGACUGGGAGCACUCAUCACACCGUUUGUCGCACAGGUGAUGCUGAAAUCCUCCAUAUACGUGACUGUAUCAGUGUACGGGACCAUCUGUCUACUGGCUGCUGUUGCCUCCAUGCUGCUCCCCAUAGAGACCAAGGGACGGAGCAUGCAAGAGACUGGACAGACCACACAACCACAACCUCGGUGAAACUGCAUGCCAGAGGAUAGACCUACAGAUGAAGUGUAUAUAUUCUGGAGCUGUUUUUUUUUGUUGUUGCUUAUUUAUUGCUCGGGAGCUGUGUAUUUUGGAUCCUUAGCGUUCGAACUCACAAGUUGGCAUCAUCAUGAACUCAACGUUUAGGAUCAUGUUAGGUGCACAGUAGGGCUGCGUCCAAAAUACCUGAACAUUAAUGUACAGGUACUGUACCUGAAUAGGCUUACAUGUACACU